GCCGAUUCAGUGCAACGCUGCUACCAAAGUUCAGGGCAGCUUCUAUGAAGCUGCAUCCGUCCGUUCUUGGCAAUUUGCAUACUCUCAAUCAACUCAGCUCGUCAAAGCGUAUCUUGAACACUAUCCUCUUGCAUUAUACCGAGUCAACCGACGAGAGCUAAAAAAGGAAGCUAACGCAGACGAUCCUAAUCAUCGGGACGGCCCCAGCGAUGGUUCCCACUAUCUAGAUUAAAUCCCCCAAAGUUAAAAGGUGAGCUAGCACGCCCGACUCCAUGGUAAGCACGUCAGGCGCUGAUAAACUGAUAGGGUUCCGGUAUUCAUGACAAUGUCCUAUGGGCAGACAUUUGCUGGUCAUUCUUCUGCCCUCGUUCGCCGGAACUGCCGUCGGCCGCGUCACGGCUCAAACGAACACCAGAACGCGUGUAUUAUACACACUUUCUUCAGGGUAUCAUCAACCUGGAAGAAUCGCUUUUAGAGUUAGAGUUCGGCUCUUGCCUCGGCACGAGAAACGCAGAUUAGCGGGUGGUGUAUUGGAAUGCUGUUAGGCAAAUUUAGCCCCGCUGGAUUUCUGGUCUCUCCAACUGAAUCCAACCUGGAUAAAGAAACCCAAAGUCGAAUUUACUUUAACGAUUAAUAGAGGCAUUGUAGUCUUCGAUCUCAAACAAAGCUUUGAACGCACUAUAAUCAUGAGUGUCAUGUCAUAAUCGCCGGUGGCAUUCGUGAUAGACUUU